UCCUUACUACUGCUAAAACUACUCUAACAUGCGACUGUCCAGAGAGCAACUCCGUGAUACCUUCAGCUCUCCGACCAACACUGUAUUCUACGAAUAAUAGGGCCGGAAGAAAUGAGAAUGAAUAUAUAGAAAACACAGCUGAUAAAGUCAUCAUGUAUCGUUAAUAACUGACCCGCUAUGGGCAACCAACCAGAACGACUAAACUAUCCUAACAAAAACAAAACAUCAAGAGAAACAUCCCAAACCAUCUACCACAAUAUUUUCAAGAAUUUUCAGAUGCAGCAAAAUUCUUUGUCAGUUUGAAGCGACGAAAGUUUUGACACAUAAAUAUAUACGUGAAGUUAAACAGGCAUUGUGUGUUUCUGAGUGGCUAACUUGUGUCUUCCACUCUGCAGUCGCUUUACUUUCAGCACAUAAUCUCUGAUCAAACCACUUGCUAUGCAAGUUCAUCUCCGUAGCUUUUGUUGUAGUGUUUCGAGAAAGAAAGUAUCCAUUGAUAACAUUCUCGUUACAUACAGGAAAAAAAAAAUCUACAUUUGUCCUCCGUUUAAUUGUUUGCCUUAAUUUACUUCCAAUAUCAAAACAACCAACUUCUAAACAGCAGUUUAACAUAGGUGGUUCGUCCCUUUAUGCGAAAUAUUGAAAUUUUGGUCACACCCACAAAAAACAAAAGUCCCUAAUAAAAAGAAUCCAACUUUAUCAUGUAGGCCAAUCAAAGUAACCUCCCUGAAUCAAUUUAAUAUUCCUAUAAAACAUCCUAGUAAGUAAAUGGAAUUCAAUUACAUGACUACUACAGAGACAAUUAGCUGUGAGACGGAAAAGAAAUGAAAGUUUAAUCCUAGAUACGCAUGCGCUGUAAGAGUAGCUUUCACUUCCGUCUUUGGUUCCCAGAAACGAAAAUAUUGAUUAAAUGUAAACAUGUCUUUUUAAAAAUAUUUCUUCAUUUAUUAAAUGCCAGACAAAGCUCUAAUAUUAUCUUGCCAAAAAUAUUUUCUCUACAACCAGACACCGUCAUUUGUGAAAUAUUCCCAAUAUCAGAUGGUAUUGGCUAAAAAGAAAAUGUUUACAUCAGAUGCAUCAUCAAUAUUUAUCAUCUUUUAAAGACUUAAGGAAAAUGUUAUACAGAAAUUAUAUAACCCUGUUUGUAUAAAUCUGAUAGAAUUACUGUCUGGAAUCUGUUUAAGGUGACCUUUUCAUUCUCAUUCAACAUGGACAAAUUUACAAAAGAGAUUGCAGCAUCUUCAGAUAUUGACAAAGAGCACAGUUGAUGAAAAUAUAACAGUAAAAAUAUUUCUUAUGAGUUAAAUAUAAAAAAAGAAGACAAGAAAUAUUUAUAUAUAUAUACACAUAUAUAUAUAUUGUGGUGAGAGAAAAAAACUUAUUGAAAAUGAAUUAUGUGAGCAGUAGGUUAAAUGUAAUUAAUGAUGAGAUAGUGAAAGAGAUAAGAAAAACAUCACAUCACUGUGAUAUCUGUAAGAAGUCAUUCGCUAAAAAAGGCAACCUAAACACUCACAAACGUAUUCAUACAGGUGAAAAACCAUACUAUUGCGAUAUCUGUGGUAAAUCAUUCUCUGAAAAAAGCAACUUAUCAAAACACAGAUACAUUCAUACAGGAGAGAAGCCAUAUCACUGUGAAGUCUGUGAUAAAUCAUUCUCUCAAAGAGGUCAUUUAACUAGUCAUAGACAUACUCAUACAGGAGAAAAACCAUAUCACUGUGAUAUCUGUGGUAAAUCCUUCUCUGUAGGGAGUAACUUAACUAAACACCAACGCAUUCAUACAGGAGAGAAGCCAUAUCAUUGUGAUAUCUGUGGCAAAUCUUUCUCUGCAACAAGUAACCUAAAUGUACAUAGACAUAUUCAUACAGGAGAAAAACCUUAUCACUGUGAUAUCUGUGGUAAAUCAUUUUCUGCAGCAAGUAACUUAACUAUACAUAAGUACAUUCAUACAGGAGAGAAACCACAUCAGUGUGAUAACUGUGAGAAAACAUUCUCUGCAACAAGUAACUUAACUAUGCAUAGACAUAUUCAUACAGGAGGGAAACCAUACCACUGUGAUAUGUGUGAUAUAUCCUUCUCUCAUGGAAGUGCUCUAACGAUACAUCACAGAUAUGUUCAUAAAGGAAAGAAGCCAUAUUUCUGUGAGAUCUGUGGUAAAUCAUUCUUUGCUAGAAGUAAAUUAACUAUACACAGACAUAUUCAUACAGGAGAGAAACCAUACCAGUGUGAUAUCUGUGGUAUAUCAUUCUCUCAAAGAAGUCACUUAACUACACACAAACAUAUUCAUACAGGAGAUAAACCAUAUCAUUGUGAUAUCUGUGGCAAAUCAUUUUCUCAAACAAGUCAUUUAAUUAUCCACAAACGUAUUCAUACAGGAGAGAAGCCAUAUCACUGUGAUAUCUGUGGUAAUUCGUUCUCUCAAAAUAGUGAUGUAACUAAGCACAAACGCAUCCAUAUAGGAGAGAAACCAUUUCACUGUGAUAUUUGUGGUAUACCAUUUUCUCACAAUAGGUACUUAACUAAACACAAACGCCUUCAUUUAACUGAGAAAUCAUAUUACAAUGAUAAAUCGUUCCCUGUAAAUAGUAAGUUGACUGAUCACAAACACAUUCAUAGAGGAGAAAGGCAAUAUCACUGUGAUAUCUGUGGGAAAUCGUUCUCUGUAACAAGUCACUUAAUUACUCACAAACGUAUUCAUACAGGAGAGAAGCCAUAUCACUGUGAUAUCUGUGGUAGAUCCUUCUCUCAUGCUGGUAACUUAAAAAGACACAAGUAUACUCAUACAGCAUAAAAGGCUGAUGACUGCGAUAAAUCAUUCUUCCGAACAAUUACCUACCUACAUAUGAAUAUCUUAAUACAGAAUACUGUUGCCAUCAUUGUUUUAACAUUCACUUUUCCUUGCUUGCACAGGUCAGACAGAUAAUUGAGGCAAAUUUUCUGUGGCCUACUCUCUCUCUUUCUCUCUCUUUCUCUUUCUCUCUCUCUCUCUCUCUCUCUCUCUCUCUCACACACACACAUAGCCCAACUAAUUAGGGAGAGAGUCAGAUUAGAUGAGAUGCAGUUUGGGUUUGUGCCAGGGAAAAGCAUCACUGAUGCUAUAUUUCUGGUAACACAGCUGCAAGAGAAAUAUCUAGCCAAAGAUAAACCUCUGUACCUGGCUUUUGUUGAUAUGGAGAAAGCCUUUGACAGGGUACCUCAAUCCCUUAUCUAGUGGUGAAUAAGGAAACUAGGGAUAGAUGAAGGGUUAGUGAGAGAGCUGUGCAAGCCAUGUACAGGGAUGCUGUCAGUAAGGUGAGGGUUGGCAACGAGUACUGUGAAGAAUUCCCGAGUAGGGCUCCACAAAGGAUCAGUCCUCAGCCCCCUCUUAUUCAUCAUAGUCCUCCAGGCAAUAACAGAGGAAUUCAAGACAAGAUGCCCCUGGGAGCUCCUCUAUGCUGAUGACCUUGCUCUAAUUGCUGAGUCACUAUCAGAACUAGAGGAAAAGUUUCAGGUGUGGAAGCAAGGAUUAGAAUCGAAGGACCUUAGAGUCAACCUAGCUAAAACCAAAGUCCUAAUUAGUAGGAAGGCAGACAAACCACAAAUCCCUUCAGGUAGGUGGCCCUGCUUGAUCUGUAGAAAAGGCGUAGGUAGAAACUCUAUAAGAUGCACCCAGUGUAAGCUAUGGACACAUAAGAGGUGGAGCAAUAUCAAAGGAAGGCUAACUGGGAAGAUAGUUUUUGUAUGUGGCAAAUGCUCGAGCAAUAAACACUGAAAAUGUGCAGAAAAUAACUUCUGCCACAUUCCAGGGAGAAAAUCUAGACGUAGUUGAUAGCUUCCGUUACCUAGGUAACCAAGUCAGUAGUGGGGGAGGGUGCGCUGAAAGUUUAGCUGCUAGAAUAAGAAUAGCCUGGGCAAAGUUCAGAGAGCUCUUACCUCUGCUGGUGACAAAGGGCCUCUCGCUCAGAGUAAAAGGUAGACUGUAUGACGCAUGUGUACGAAACAGCCAUGCUACAUGGCAGUGAAACAUGGGCCUUGACUGCUGAGGACGUGCGUAAGUUUGCAAGGAAUGAAACCAGUAUGCUCCGCUGGAUGUGUAAUGUCAGUGUGCAUACUUGACAGAGUGUAAGUACCCUGAGAGAAAAGCUGAACCUAAGAAGCUUCAGAUAUGGUGUGCAAGAGAGACAACUGCGCUGGUAUGGUCAUGUGUUGCAAAUGGUUGAGGACAGCUGUGUGAAAAAGUGUCACACCCUAGCAGUUGAGGGAAACUGUGGAAGAGGUAGAUCCAGGAAAACCUGGGAUGAAGUGGUGAAGUAUGACCUUCGAAUAUUGGGCCUCACCGAGGCAAUGACUAGUGACUGAGACCUUUGGAGAUAUGCUGUGCUUGAGAAAACCCAACAAGCCAAAUGAAAUCAUAAUUGUGGCUGUUGUCAGUGUCACAUAACUGGCAUGUAAAAAGCACUUUUCUAGUGUUGGGUCUCACAGGCAAUGUGGCUGAUACCAGUAUCACACAACUAGCACUCAUGCUGGUGGCAUGUAAAAAGCACCUUUCAAGUGCUGGGCCUCACAGAAGCAAUAACAAAUGUCUGAAAUCUUUGGCAAAAUGCUGUGCUUGAGAAACCAAGUGAAAUCGUAGUUGUGGCAGAUAUUAGUGUCACGUGACUUGCACCUGUGCCGGUGGCACAUAAAAGGCACCCAUUACACUCUUGAAGUGGUUGGUGUUAGGAAGGGCAUCCAGCUGUAGAAACCAUGUCAAAUCAGACUGGAGUCUGGUGCAGCCCCCUCAGCUUACCAGUCCUGGUUAAAACUGUCCACCCCAUGCCAUCAUGGAUAAUGGAUGCUAAAUGAUGAUGAUGAUGAUGGGUGGUAUAAUUUGUUUGUUGUUACUCUAUUGUAAAAGCAGAAUGGUUUCAACUUGAAUUGAUUUAAUAUUUGAAACUUCUGAAGAGAACACAGACGAGGUGGGCAGAGUCAUUUACUCCAUUGAAAGCACAACCUGUGAGUCAUCAUUGUCACCAUUGUCAUCAUUGUCUGCCUGUUUUGCAUUCAUGAAAACCGGAUUAAGCAUUGUCAUCAACAUGUGUAUGUCAUAUAUCAUAUUUUAAUACUUUUUUUUUUCUUUCAUCUCAUCUCAACUGUUGUAAGACCUGUAAUCUUGAAUUAUGGCCUCAUAACUCUUUAUGAAUAUUCUUGACAUGGAAUUUACCUAAAUUUGGUUUAGUCUGGAAUUAUUAUUCCAUCAUUUUUUAUGUAGACCAUUUAACCAAAACUUGUGGUGACACAAUGAUGUAUUAUUGAAUUCACAAACUUGAUCUGCAAAUCAAAUUUUCACAUUGAUCUCAGUUAGAAAUCUAUAAUUAUCACUGUAUAAUUUAUUGACAUUAUAUGAUAUUAAGUAGUAGAUAUUGGAUGCUAUCAUACAAUGAGUGAGAUAAAGAACAAUAGGAUAACUUUGUGCAUUAAACACUUAUGAAGUUGAUCAUCUUAUGAACAUGUAAUGUGCCCAGUUAGGUGCUAGUUGUCAGGGCAGGAACAGGUGUUGGGAAACACAUUUUCCCCAAUCAUUGAUGCUGUUAAAACGUGAUUACUAAACCCUAUACAUGUGAUAUUUUGUUAUUUGUGAACUCAAAGGGCCUUUUAAGGUUCACUUAACAAAGACCAAAUUUCUAGUAAGAAAGAAAACAGACAGUGUAUAGGAACAGUGUAAGCAGGACAUGCUGUGGACAGACGAGCUGCAGUGGAAUUGCAGGAAGAAUAACAGAGAAAGUAAUGUUUGUUUGUGGGAAAUGUACAGUUGACAUAGGAUUUCCUAAAAGGCUGUGGAAGCUGCCUCGAGGUAAUAGAAUCUUACUAUUCUCAAUGGAGGAAGAUGUUCUGAAAGUAGAAUUGUUGAAACAAGAAAAGUAUGAGGAAAGGUCAGAGCUAUUAUCUCUGUUAGAACAUGGAUAUUAAAUAAUGACCAUUAGACCACUUCUGUUGAAGUUAACUACAGAUUACUUGGAAUCAUGUUGUUUUGAUUGGUCACCAGGUUUAAUAUCACCACCCUACAUUGAAAUUUCAAGUGUCAUUCUGUUUGCUUCAUAAAUAGCACUUCCUUCAUAGUUUCAUAAUAUAUGGCAAAAUAUCACCUAAUGAAAUGGAGAGUGGUUAUGUAAUAUUGAUAUGUAAUGAGCUUGUUAUUUUUUUUAAUAAACUAUGCUUUUGAAAUGUAGUGCUGCUUUCAACUA